UUACGUCAGUGCAGUGCGCCGGAAGUUGAUAUUCACUUGGCCCUGUUCGUUAUUUUUAUUCCGUUUGCUGUAAGCACAGGAGAAGCAAGUAAGCAUGGCGGACGUACUAGAUUUACACGAGGCUGGCGGAGAGGACUUCGCUAUGGACGAGGAUGGAGACGAAAGUAUUCAUAAGUUGAAGGAGAAAGCGAAGAAAAGGAAAGGCAGAGGUUUUGGAGCUGCGGAUGAAGGUUCAAGAGCGAGGAUACGGGAAGAUUAUGACAGUGUAGAACAAGAUGGAGAUGAACCUGGUCCCCAGAGAUCGGUUGAAGGCUGGAUCUUGUUUGUUACUGGAGUUCAUGAGGAAGCUACAGAGGAGGACAUUCAUGAUAAAUUUGCAGAGUAUGGAGAGAUCAAGAAUAUACAUUUGAAUCUGGACCGAAGGACCGGUUAUCUGAAGGGAUAUGCUCUAGUGGAAUAUGAGACUUACAAAGAGGCUCUUGCUGCUAUGGAAGGCCUUAAUGGGAAUGAUCUCAUGGGCCAGCCUAUUAAUGUGGAUUGGGGCUUUGUCAGAGGCCCUCCAAAGGGGAAGAGAAGAAGUGGACGAAGGAGGAGUCGGAGCCCAGAUCGGAGACGGCGUUGAUAUUUUAUCACUUCUGUACAGUUAUAUGGGCUUGGGAUCUGUUUGACGGGAAGCUGAUUUUGCAGCACAUUUGUUUCAGUGUUCUUGGUGUUUUAAUUUUUGAAAGACUUGAGCACGUGAUGCCCUCUGCUGAAUCUCCUCUGCGAGUGGACCAGGGCAAUUGUAGAGAAGCAGCUGUCCAUAAAUUCAGAAUAAAGUCUUUUUUUUUUUUCUUUUUUAAUGUUA